GGACAAAGAAAAUUGGGCAUUUCUUAUUACCAUCACAAGCAAUGGUUCUCAAGAGGUGGCUACAUCGAAUAAGUUCUUCAAAAUGAGAAUCUGGCAUCAUUUUGUACUUGGCAGUAUGGUAAUUGGGGGACAUACCGGUAACCCAAAAUACCUGCAAUCCCAAGUUCUCCUUCUCACCACCUCCAAUCUGUGCCCUGUCGGCCUUGAACGGGACGAGAAAUCCCAAUGUCAACCGUGCCCUGUCGGAAAGUAUUCUGCAACCCUUCAACAGCAGUGUAUCAAAUGCAACCAGUCCUUGACAACAGUCGGCGAGGCCGCAUCUCAUUGUGUUCCUCAGGGACCAUGUAAAGACAAUAGUUGUAAUGGACAUGGAGAAUGCGUGGUCAACAAGGCAGACUUCAAACACAUCUGCGUGUGUCGUUUCGGAUAUUUAUCCAGCGAUGACUGCAAUGCACCGGCAGUGUACCUGAUCUUGAUGGCUUCUCUCGUUUUCGCCACCACUCUUACCACCCUCGUCAUAGCUCUCACUCAGUUCCUGAGGAAGAGGAGAGCUUUGUAUGCAAAGGAAAUUGAACUCGUCAAUACCAAUCGUGACCUCUACCGCUCCAACAGAAAGCUCAGUCAAAUAAACCAUGGCACGUGCAUUGCCUGGUCUGAUCUGAAGAUUCAGAGACAACUUGCCGAGGGAAGGUUUUGUAAAGUGUUACUUGCUGAGUUGGGAGACAUGGCAGUUGUUGUUAAGCGACUUCCACCGUUUGUAUCCACUGCAUCGCCGUACGAUUCCUUCAUCCAAGAAGCGGAAGUUCUACGAACAUUAAGCCACCCAAAUAUAGUUCUAUUCCUGGGGGCUGGGAAGGAAAAGCAAUCUAGGUGUCCAUUUCUUGUGAUGGAAUACUUGAUGCGAGGUUCUCUCUGCGAUGUUCUCCAUGAUCCGUCCAACAAGGUUGAACACGCAGAUCGACAGCGAUUCUCCCUGGAUGCUGCAAGAGGUGUCAAGUAUCUGCAUAACAGAGAUCCACCCAUGAUCCACCGUGACAUCAAGUCAGCCAAUAUGCUGGUCAGUGACAAAUGGGUGGUGAAGAUCGCUGACAUGGAAACAGCACGAUUCCUAGCCAUCCUUCAUCCCGAUGGCAGCAAGCCAAAUGAGAGGAAAACAGGAGGUAAGCAGGCAACAGAUCCUUCGACGCGCACAGUAUCAAAUCCAACCCACCCUCAGGCUGAUCAACUAACAACCCCAUUAUUGGGUGCUGCCAGUGUCACAUCUGAUGUUGAUCGCACUGAUGACGGCAGAGCUACAAGAGCAGCGGAGGGCACGACGUCACGUAUUGGAAUGACGUGUGGAGUUGGUACAGAUCGCUGGCGAUCACCGGAAUCCAUCAAGAAGAAUCUGUACACGGAGAAACACGAUGUCUACAGCUUUGGCGUGGUUAUGUGGGAACUCUCAACUCGACAGAUACCUUAUGAACACCUCAGCAGCUCUGACGAUAUCCUGGAUGAAAUUGCAGGUGGCACCAAGCCCAUCUUUCCACCAAGCAUACCCUAUGGCUAUCGUCACAUCGCUGAGCAGUGUAUCAAGACAGAUCUACAGGAGAGACCGUCAAUGCAGCGCGUUGUCCAAGAGUUGCUGUCACAAAUUGAUCGCAACUAACGUGCGGCUCCACCCCAUACGAAGCAAAGCACACCGCAAUUCAAAACGUUCACAGAUUUUCUGAACUUCUGACGUUGAGAUAUUUCCCAAUGCAUUCCCCGAUAACAGCACAAAUCUGAAAUUCAGAAGUACAUACACUUUGCUUCACAUGUACAUGUUUUUCACCUUUCGAACUGCUCAACAUUCGGGCAACAAUCUGUUCCAGCCCAUGCAUGCAAUACCACUGGAGGCAAACAGUAGCUGUCCAACCUGAUCCAAUCUGAGUAACCACACAUACAACACAGUGAGCUGCGACUAAUUGAUCAUCGUCCUCUUGCUGUUUCUACCAUGCUCUGUGUUUCUGCACAUUUCUCAAAGUAGUUUUGAGAAUUUGUAUACAUAUGUUAGGUAUGUCCUCCCGUAUAACCUACAACCUGUCCCAAGCUGGCCUGCAUGACCUUUCGUUCCGUUGGCCUGGGUAGCUACUUGCGCGCCCAUAUUCGCCAUAGCUACCCAGGCCCUUUAUCUUGCAUUCGCCCUCUCUCGAUCUCUCUCUCUCUCUUUCUUCCAUAAUGUAGUCGUUUCGUUCGUCUUUGUCUCCGUCUCUUCCUCUCCCAUAAUAGAUUUCGUUC